CGGCUGAAGCUUGCCCAGGUGACAUCGCGUAGUGCAGCUCCGCCCCCAAAUCUCCCGCAACCGUUUCUGUUCGCGCUCGUCAGCACACGUACGACUAGGGCAUGGCAGGAUACUCACGGAGGCUGGAGGUCAGAGUGGUACGAAGCUCGUUCUCGACUGCAGUGCGAUUCGACGGCGGGCUUUUCUUGGCGGAAGGAUGGGGUUCGCGGGCGACAUAGGAGGCGGGGGUGAGUGGUUUCAAAAAGACGACAGACAUCGGGCGGUCCGGGGCAAACACCAGCCCUCGGUCUUCGCGCAGGGUCUCUCGGGGUGGGCGAACUACUAUCUUGGUCGCCCGGCAACAGCGUACGCGCCCCCGGUGCUCUGCCCGCCCGAGGACGGCUUGGGUGGCCCUGGCCCUACGCCCGCCGCGCCUCGUGCUCAGUGCACGGGCUGCGAUUCGCAUCCGAGGUCGCGAGCAGCGCCACAUCGCGCGCUGGCAUUCACACUCGCAAUGUCGAGUGAUGCCUCCAGUUCAACGUAGGCAUGCA